UCAGAUUCGGCAACACCAAGAUUGAACGAUGCGGUUGACGAGGUUUUUCUAUACAACGUUACUAAUUGGCAUAUUACAGAUAAGCCACCCUCCGAAAUCAAUAGUUCAGUGUGAGAGAUCGUCCCGGAUUAAGUGUAGGAAGGCACUGGAGAUCACGGUAGCGGACGACCAGGUGGAGGUGGUCAAAGCCAUCAGUCCCGGCGAUGAGGUCGAAACGCGCGAGAACGAUCCCGAUCAGGUGGCGCUGGAGUCCAUCGAUCAGGACCAUCAGGGUGCGUCGUCGUCGGUGCAUUCAUUUCCGCAGCAUAUUCCACUGUCGAUAGGGCUGGGGCCGGGGCCGCAACCGCACGGGCCCGGGCCGGCUGGGCCGCAUGGACCUAUCCUUGGUCAUGGACCGAGUAGGGGUAUCCCACACGGUCAUGGUCAGCUGUAUGGUCCACCGCCACCGCUACCGCAGUCCCAACUGCCAUCGGCCCACGCCUAUCACGGACCACCUCCACCCCUGCCGCCCCCGAAGCUGCAAUCGAGCAACGAGCUUGCCGGGGAUAAACUGUACGGCGCUCCCCUCGCUGGGAACGACCUAUGGUCUUCGCCUCUGCAGGACAUGCCCAAGAUCGUUUCCCUGGACGUGAAAUGUGAAAAGCAAGGCAUGAAGGUAUUUGUCCAGUUUGACAAACCAUUCUUCGGUAUCAUCUUCUCCAAGGGCCACUACAGUAACAUCAAUUGCGUUCAUCUGCCCGCUGGGUUGGGAAAAAGCUCGGCCACCUUCGACAUUGGAAUUCACGAGUGCGGAACGGCUGGAAACACCGACAAUGCACUGUACAAUGGGUACUCUGGAACGGAAUCGGGCGCAGGAUCUUACUUCGAGAAUAUAAUUGUGCUGCAGUAUGACCCUCAGGUGCAGGAAGUUUGGGAUCAGGCCAGAAAACUGCGUUGCACGUGGCACGAUCAGUAUGAGAAGAGCGUGACGUUCCGACCGUUCCCAGUGGACAUGUUGGAUGUGAUUCGAGCCGAUUUUGCCGGAGACAAUGUGGGCUGCUGGAUGCAGAUUCAGGUCGGAAAGGGGCCAUGGGCUUCGGAGGUGUCUGGACUGGUGAAGAUCGGCCAAACGAUGACGAUGGUGUUGGCCAUCAAGGAUGAUGAUAGUAAAUUCGACAUGCUGGUUAGGAAUUGUAUGGCUCACGAUGGCAAACGCGCACCGAUUCAGUUGGUGGAUCAGCGUGGAUGUGUGACACGACCGAAGUUGAUGUCUCGGUUUACGAAGAUCAAAAACUUUGGAGCGAGCGCUUCGGUGUUAUCAUACGCUCACUUCCAGGCAUUCAAAUUCCCCGAUUCAAUGGAGGUUCACUUCCAGUGUACCAUCCAGAUCUGCCGUUAUCAGUGCCCUGAGCAGUGUACCGAUCCUGGAAUUUUGGAUGUGCAUCACUUGUCCGGAGGACCGGAGCACCAGCAGUACGGACCUCCACCACCGCCACCACAAUCACUCGAUGCUCACGUAUUUGCCAACCGCAAGCGAGAUGAUCGCCGCAUCCGUCGUACUCGUGCCGCCGGAGAACCAGAAGAGAAGGAAGAUGUCGGAAUGAAACGAAUCAUUCGAGUUGUAUCUCCUGGAGACCUUACAUUCCCAAUUGGUAGCCAAAAUAGUACUAACGAUUCAACCAUGGUCUUCCCGGUAAGGGAAGAAGGUCUUAUAUGCAUGACCACACCGGGCUUCACGGUAACGAUCGUUGUCCUACUGUCAAUAUUGUUGGCCUCGUGCGUAACGUCCGCUUUUCUGUGCAUAAGACUGAAGCCGUUUUCGUUCGCCUCGAAAAAGGAACGAUCGGUUGCCUUCACAAAUCCACACCUAAGUCCGUCCACGGCCUCGAUCGUGUCCAGCGGUCCCAGCUCGAUGGUCAGCGGUACGCUUAAGUCCACCAAGUCAGCCAAAUCAAGGAAUUUCUAUUCGUAGGAAGUGGCGGCGAUGAAUGCUAAAACACACACGCACACGCAGACAUAGCAUACACAAUAGUUUACACUCGUGAAACUAACACACGUAUACAAACACAAUAGAAAACACAUAACUCUUAAUAUCUGUAAGUACAAGUUUCUCAGUGUUCAACACACGCAACUCAUCCGUUUAAAAAUAUUAGCGAAAGGACAAUAGAACACACGCGGCUAGAAACACAAAAAAAAAGAGAAAUAGAUUGAUUUAUUGAAAAUGUUGUGAUUCUGAAAGCUAGCUUCUCUUUGUUCACUUAAUUUUAUUAAACAAAGAGAGACUUUUUAUUGGAUUUACUAUUUUCCUCAAAAUCAAGCUGGAUUUUUCGAUAUUGUUUAUUUUAUGACAGAACUGAGCUGGUAAAUGUUUUGUAAACAAACCCAAGUCGGAGAAAACAAAUCUUAAUAACUACUCAACACUCUAUUUAUUCUAGAUAGACAUAAUUUAGUCAAUGCCAGCCUUAAAUUGUUCCAGAAAUGGUGCUCCAACAGCGGGUAAAAUUUUCGUUAAGUUUCUGUUUGGGAGUCAAUGCAAUCAAUUAGUGUUGCCUCGUUAAAAAUUGUUGAGCUUAUUUUUGUUGAGAGUUCUUGAUCCCAAAUAUCGCGAAAGAAAGGGUAGGUCCGACAGAACGAAGGCGGGGACAAUAAAUAAAAUCAAUCCAGUAGUAGGCUAGGAGUUAAGUUUGCUAAGCGAAUGUCUGGCAGACGGGAAACUUUCUUUCUGGAAUUGCGGAAGGGAAGGAACAAAACCAACUCAAAACACGCUGUUACAGAAGAAAAGUGCCGACUGCCAGCAAUGGAUCGCCAUAUUUACUUUUAACUAUCUUUCAUAGGACAAGCGGUCAAUCGUGCGGUAGUCUUUUGAUUUUGCUUCUUUUAUUUAUGUUUGAUGAAGUAUGUUUUAAUAGUAGGGUGUCUUCUAUAACGAAUUUCUUUUAAACACUUAUUUAACCAAUUCCAAUGGUUCCACUUUGCGAACCCCUCGCUAUCCCCAUGGAAACCGAAACCUGCCGGUUGCUUCAAUCGGGAGAAAUCGAACUGAACAUUCCGGCUGGUAAAUGCUUCCUCUAGCUUAGGUUGCUGCAAGCAAGUUGUUUGCAGCAGAAGACACUUUUGGGACUAAGGUAAACAAAAUUUUGAAGAAAACCAAACAAGCAUUCCCUCUCAUCGUCACAUCGUGGAACCAUUGAAAGCGAGAAAUGCAACCUGUAAGCAAGUACACGCGAGUAUACUCUAAUCGAAUUUCUUUAUCUCUUAUUUAUUCAUUUAUUUAUUUAUUUAUUUAAUUAAUUUACUUUCUUCGCCUAAUUAUAUUGAAAACAUGCGUAUACAUAUCUUGAUUGAGUCAACCUAAAUUCGAACCUAAACUUACAUUCGUAUAAUGCUCUGUUCACUAUACUCUGUUAAGUCAACAAACGAGGAACUAGGUCACAUUUUAAAAAUGUGACCAGUCCAUACUAUCGCCUUAUCUAACUAACCUCAAUCUCCGAGUUCUUUUAAUGAAAACCUACUUUUUUUUAAUAGUUUCUAUUUAUUUCGAACCUUUAUAUAUAAACGAAAUUUAUGUUUAAUUGGUGGUCAAAAAGGCACUGAUCUGAAUCCAACAUGAACAACUAUUUAUUUAGUGACACUGUUUUCUGUUAUGCUUUAAUCAAUUAAUAGUGAAAAAAUAUAUAAGCAAUUAUAUAUUUGUGCGAGUAAAAUGUAUCAUAUUCAUACUCUACAGACACGCGCUAGCCUAACUAGGAGUUAAGUAAUUUAUUCUCUAGUUUAUAGGUGAAUCCCAAUCCUUACAACCCAUUCCGAUCCGAAUUCCUCGUCCAUACUACCCUAAUCAGUAUCCAGCUCACUAAAUAACUACGUAAAUUAUAUAAUGUAGUAAAUGUAUUGAAGAAUAUCCGUGAAAUGAUUGUGCUGAAUUUAUAUAAGCAAUAAAGAAUAAUUUUAAUGA